CACCGUCUUGAGCAUCCUCCCCACCGGCGGGAUAAACACUCGGGCCCUGGACUUCAGCGGAAGGAUGGCGACCGGAAUUCAGGUUGUAUAUGAAGGAGAGGUGUAGAGCAGCUCCUGGCAACGUGAACUAGUGUCCUCCAUGCUGUUUAACGAGCGCGCAGGGCAAAUUGUCGCGAGUCCGCCUGGAGUGUUGCCACCUGAAUUCAAAUCAUCCCACACCACCGUGGUAGACACAAGGGAAGCCAAAUUUUACAAUUGCCUCAGUCAGACUUCAGCCACGGACGAGAAAGGAUACGCGCAACGAUGACCCGCAGAUCCUUGCAACGAGCAGCAAUUGCAAUGGCUCUUAUCCUGCUGAUGAUUAUUCAGUCCAGAGCGCAAGAUGAUGACGGCAAAGCAAGUGAUCUGCAUGCCCUACAGGUAUCAGCUCCAGAUGUAGAUUUCGACUGCGGCGACUCCACUCCCGUCGAAGUCCCCUCAGUCUUCGGUGUAAGUCGCGUCUCCAGAAGUACCCUCGAGAAAGAUUCCUUGGCUGCUGAGGGUAUUGCCCUAACAGAUAACAUCCAUGGCGUAGUGGGUGGCAUGCCGGCAAGGUUCGUCUUGGCCAAAUACACGGUGCUCGUUGGAGAUCAAGACUCAAGAGGUAACAUUGACUGGUUCUGUGACGGAUCUCUCAUCAACGCCCACUGGAUUUUGACCGCCGCCCACUGCUUCCAGAGGAGGUCAGCCUCAGUAGUCCGUCUCGGGGAACACGACUACAGCACGACAAGGGACGGCAACGGGCACGAGGACUUCCCAGUGGGCGCCACCGUCCUUUAUCCCGAGUACCGCCUCCCUCAGUCCUACCACGAUCUGGCGCUGGUGAAGCUUGGGCGGAGGGUGGUGUUCAGCAGCUAUAUCAACCCCGUGUGUCUUCCCUGGGGUCGCGAGGCCGAAAAGGACCUCACAGGGAAGGUCGUCACCGUCACGGGCUGGGGGGCGACAGUGCAUGGUGGCUCCGGAAGCACUGUACUACAAGAGGUGUCUCUGACGGCGUUCCCCUCCUCCCGCUGCGACCAGAGCUACUCGAACCUCCCUCAGUACCCCCGAAAUUGGCCGAAGGGAAUUGGCAACGAGACUUUGUGCGCCGGGGACCCUCAGGGAGGCAAAGACGCCUGUCAGGGAGAUUCCGGCGGGCCCCUAGUGUACCUGGACGAGCGGAGGAGGCACGUCCUGGCCGGGGUCGUGUCCAGCGGCUAUGGUUGCGGCCUGAAGGAGUUCCCGGGACUUUACGCCGACCUCCGCCAGGCUCCUUACCUUAGCUGGAUCAAAAGGGUGGCUUUCAAUUGAUGUGUUUCGUAUAUGAAAGGGAGUCAUUGGGGGAAAUUUAAAAAGGAAGGUUAAAAAUGGAUUGGCUGAGAUAAUUAGUCAAAAUAAACAUGGAUUUGCAGCGAAGUGUACUUUGACAUGAAAUAAAUUACGUGCAGAU